AGAGAGAGAGAGAGAGAGAGAGAGAGAGAGAGCAUUUUUUGUCAUUUCAACAAGAUUAUCCAAUACACAACUAAUAACUAUUAGUACAGUUUAUAUGGAUUGCCUAGAUUGGUCGACGACAAUCAAGUAACAUGCAACCGUUCUAUCAUACACACAACUAACGCGUAGAUGCGUAGACUUACUCAUUAUAUUCUUCGAGUGCACAUUCCCAAAACUACAUACACACACACACAUAAACAGGUUUGGCACCACAGUACUCCAGUCUAAUCUUUAAGGAACUCUACUGUACUCUAAUUUCAUAAGUUUUUGGUGGGCCCUACACCUGAUUUUUUUAUCAUCCUAUAAAUUCACCCCCUUCCCACUAAUUCCCCUUCGUCUUCAAACAAAUCUCCUCUCUGCAAAUCUCUUUCACUACUAAUUAAAAAAACAAUGCAACCAAGUGAUGUCAGUGAGCUCCAUUAUCUAUGUCUUUCAAACCCGACACAAUUCCCUACCCAUUUCAGCUUGAAUACUAACAUCGCACCGCCGUAUCAAUUCAGCAGAUUCCCUAACCCUUUAUAUCAACCCCACACCACCCCACAAUUUCAAGAAUUCAAUCCACAACUAAGCAGUAAUUCAACUUCCGACGAAGCAGAUGAACAACAGCUGAGCAUAAUCAACGAGAGGAAGCAGAGAAGAAUGAUUUCGAACCGAGAAUCCGCGCGGAGGUCGCGCAUGCGAAAGCAAAAGCACUUGGACGAGCUCUGGUCGCAGGUCGUCUGGCUAAGGAACGAGAACCACCAACUCGUAGACAAACUGAACCAUUUCUCGGAGCGCCACGAUCGAGUCGUCCAGGAAAAUGCUCAGCUCAAAGAAGAAGCUUCCGAGCUUCGUCAAAUGCUCACCGGUAUGCAGCUCAAUAGUCCUUAUCCUAUUCUGAGAGAGCUGGACGACGACCCCUGCAAUAAUUUGGCCUAAAAUUAAAUAAAUUACUCUAUUAGCUUGUCCUGUAUUAAUCGAGGAUGGGUUUUUGUCGUCUCUUAAUCUCUUCAGUCCAUUGCUGCUAUUUCAUCAAUAAUAAACGGAGUCCAAUUAUUAUCUAUUUACGAUAUAAAAGAUGACGUGCAUUUAAACAUCAUUGAAUAAAUACAGUGACUUCACACAACCAAGCACUAUCACAUGUCCUUCAUACAUAAGAGUAACCUGUAACAAUAUAUUCGGUUCGAGCACUUUCAAAUCAGGUGACUAUUGCCUAAAUUAGAAGGGAAAAAAAGUACUUUAAAACGCAGUCAAAUACAGAAGGAGACGAAAAGUCUUCGAACUCAAUGCAAAUAUUUCCUCAACUAGAAAGUAAUAGUUCUUUCGAGACGAACUUCAGUGUCAUUUGUUUAGGAAAAGAAGGAAAAGCAAAACAUCAAACACAUGGCUUACCAAUCGAACUUUUUGAGCAUUCAAACUAGUUUUGGCUAAAAACAUGUUCUCUGGAAUUAGGGGACCACUUCAAUUGGUUCGAGUUUCUCGUCAAUCGACAAUUGGGGAACACUGUUUUUCGUUGGUCGACCAUUUUCGAUUUUCACCUCCUCC